AUGGCCUCGAAAUCACACCAAUAUCCCCCGGUCAAGCUACCACACCCUUAUCUGACCGCCUAUCGCGUGGACACUGUUGCUGGAUCGACACCGGCCCAGCGUAACUUGAGACUUGCGGAGCAACCUGCGAAGGGACAGGCUUUGUCCGAACCACUACACUCAGACUCGCUCUCAUGGCUUGACUUGACCUUCAUUCCCAAAGCCGAGCAGCCACCUAUCUCAGAUAACACUCCCUGGGGUCGCGCGCGUCGCAGUCCUCAGACCGUCUUCCAAUGGACAGGAAACAGCGCUCCUUCUCUGGGCCAAAUUUGGAAUGUGGUCCACGCCAUCUAUCUCGCCCACCCAACAAUUGAAUACUUCAGACUUACUCUCUCCGGCGCAGGCCAGGAAACCGUUCACGAUGAACUCCUCAUCACUGGAUUGGCGAUCAAGCACCCGAGAAACCUUCGCGACAGAGAAAACAAGGCUUUGCAAUUCGAUGAUUUGCUGAUCCUUCGAAGCGCUUUCUGGCAGGGUGCUGCCUCCCCCAUGGGCCCUCGUCCCAUUUGGGUAGUGGGAGAUGGCACAGAUGGCCCUCUCCGGGCGCCUUUGUCUCAAUAUCCCAUCAUGCCCGAGAACUACGAAGUCACAAACAAGUUCCCUGAAGAACCGGUAUAUACUCGUCACCCGAUCCGCCGUCCCAAACCGCACCCAGGAUCCAUUGCCUACAGUCGUUACAUCCCAGAGGUCAAUGAGCACUUCUCACUGGAAGUGGUUGACUGGCAAAAUUUGGAGCAUGUCCAGUUGUUCAACAAGUGGCAGAACGACCCCCGUGUCGCUGCAGGCUGGAACGAGACCGGAACUAUCGAACAGCACACCGAGUAUUUGCGCAAGCUGCAUUUCGAUCCCCAUGUGCUGUGCUUGUUUGGACGUUUCGAUGAUACCCGCUUCUCUUACUAUGAAUUGUACUGGUCAAAGGAGGAUCACUACGGCGCCCACUACGAUGCCGGGCACUACGAUCGCGGCCGCCACUCUCUUGUCGGCGAUGCCAGCUUCCGGGGUGCUCAUCGCGUGAAUGCUUGGUACUCGAGCUGCAUUCACUAUGUCUUCUUGGACGAUCCCCGAACCGCCAAUGCCGUCGGUGAGCCCAAGGCUACCGGCGCCACCAUUUUGUCCUACGAGAACGCCCAGGGACUCACUAUUGGCAAGUACGUCGACCUCGGACACAAGCGCUCGGUGCACUCAAUUUGCAGCCGUGAAAAAUGGUUCCAACUAUGCCCGAUAUUCUGGGAUGGACGUGAGCGGCCAUUGGAAUCUGCCGAUCGCGCUGCGUGGAACGCCAAGCUAUAG